GGCCCCCGAGUGUAGAGGAGCUGCUUCGAGAGGCGCAGCUCAAUCUCCAGAGCCUGUUGCAAGAAGCACCUGGCACAGCCGGAUCCCCGGGAGGGGCUCAGUAGACAUUUGUUGAGUGAACGUUAAGUGUGAAAAGAAGCCUUACCGGCUCUCACUUAUCCACGCCGACAAGGGUUAACUUGUAGGGGGACUAGAAAACAACAGCUGGGCCACUCAACUGGACUACAGCCCAAACCCUCGCCUCCCUGACAGGGCAGCGGCGACCUUAGAGAAGCAAGAUUCCAGGGGACACCGUGAGCCCUGUGUUCAGAUAAGAGAGGAGCUAUCAUGCAGAAAAAGAGUCCAUGUGCUUUAUGUUGCCACCAUGGGCAGAAUUAGGACAGGUGGGCAGAAAUGUAGCGGGAGGCAGAUUCCACCUCAAGAUAGGAAGAGCUUUCCUGACACGCCUGAAAGCCCCGAUCGUUCGUGGAUGGAAUGAGCUGCCUUGGGAGGGAGGCUGCCCUUCCUUCUCUGCAGGACCAUGUGGAGGCUGAAGAAGCAGCUAGAAGGGCUGCUGAGGAAGAACUCUGAGCCCACAAUGGGGUGUUGGACCAGCGAACUUUUGAAGCCCCUCCUGAGUCCGAGCUUCCAGGAGUCUUGAAGUCUGUUCAAAUGUGCAUAGAGCCCCACCUGUUGGUUCUUUGCUCUCACGUUCCUCCUUUACUCAUCGAAUUCAUCACUUAAAUGGAGCCAUCCAAGUCUGUGUGUCCUUUGUACUCGCUGACAAUGCCCCUCCACUCCUCCUGCCUUCUAUGCUACUACCUCUGCCUUCCCUCUGCUUCAACUGAGUCCCCCUCGGCCUUGCACCGCCCACAGUGGGACCAGGAUGCAGGGAACUAGGCCCUCAGAGGCUCAAAUAAGAGUUCUUGACAUCCAAGGGAGCACUCCGCAUUGGACUUGCCAAUGCACAUGUCUUCGUGCUUCACACAGGUCCUUUCCCUGGUAGGGCUGCAGAAAACCUGAAGAAGUGCAGGGUUUCAGGGAGGGGACCCCGCAGCAUAAACUAGCAAGAGGUGUCUGCCUCCUGGACCUCUCCUCCAGGUUGAGCACCGAAGGUGGGAGCCAUCAAGACACAGGCUUGGUCUCAGAACUGGCACAACUCGAAUUCAUCGACUCUCUUUUCUCCUCUGCGUUCGUAGUCCUGGGACGUAGGCUUUCUUUCCAAUUCUGAAUCCAGAGGCUCAGAAGCCGGGAAAUAUCCUAGAGAAACCAUGCAAGUCAAGCCCGGCAGCUAGAGCAGGAGACCCAGCUCUUAUGGUCCCUUCCCAGCCCAGGGCUUGACUGUGGCCCCCUCGAGUGUGUAUCCACUGUGCUAUUUUUCAGAAGAAUAUGAGGAACAGUACUUGGAGGCCAGACUCCUGGGGCAGACCUUCCGCUCUGCUGAUGAGGCCCCUGAGCCCACCCCUAGCCCAAGGCCCCAGGCUGGCAGGCGUCUGCAGUUUGUAUUGAUGCCUACAAAACGGCAGCUGAGCGAGGAUGAGACUACCACCCAGGGCGUGAGGGCCCCUGAGGCCUCCCUGAGCCUGUCUACCACAGCCGACAAGCAAGCUACCUGGAAUAGCCCCUUCCCUCUGCCCUUCCUAGAGGAGAAACGGUGGCUUCAACCUUGCUCCACGCACUCUGACAUUGUGCCCAUCAACAUCUCUGGGCAGCAGUUUGAUAAACACGCAAGUUUGCGACACUCGUUGUUUAACACAGAGACAGCCGUGAACCCCAAAUCCACCCUGAGGCGGAGGCGGACCAUUAUUGGAUUCUCUAACUUUUCACAGCGAGACCAAGGUCACAGCGACAGCCCAGCAGGCAGCGUGGCCCACUCUGCCACCUCAGACAUCAGGCUCAGUCAUUCAGUCCCAGAGGGCGUCCAUGGAAGAGUUGCAGUUGGUCAGGAAGCUCGUUUCCCAAAUCUCACCUCACCGGUACUGAGGAGUCCUUCGAGUGAUCCAGAAGAAGCUCUCCAGGCACGUGGUGGUGCACACCCUCCUGGCAUGGAGAGCAUAGGAAUGGUGUAUAGCGUCCCCAGUUCUUGCAAUGGACCGACCGAGUCGACGUUCUCUGCUUCCUGGAAGGGAAAUAGUUUUACCUACAUGACUCCAAGUGCCACCAGUCAGAGCACUCAAGUCAGGGAAAAUGGAAAAAAUCCUUCCUCUGGGAAUGCUUGGGUCUCUCUGCACACACUGCCACCUCUAGUUCCUAAGGAGGCUGCUACCCUCUUUGUUACUCGUGAUAACCCAGCAGGCUGCAGUGGGUCAGCUGGCUACUCUGAGUACCCUACUCAACAAAGGCAGGCAGUGGAACGACCCUCCAAGAUUGGCCUUCUCACUAGUGGUACCUCAAGGCUGGAGACAGGCCCAGGUGGGGCCAGCAGGUUCCGGGAGAGGUCACUGUCUGUGCCCACAGACUCAGGCACUGCAGAGGUAGGCUAUGAUGAAGAACAGAAGGCCAAUGAAGCCAGUGCCCUUCCUUAUGCCAGUACAAGUUCUCAGGGCAGUAACAGUGCUGACAACAUUGCCUCCCUUAGUGCCCAACAGGAGGCCCAGCACAGAAGGCAGAGAUCCAAGAGUAUCUCACUCAGGAAGGCCAAAAAGAAGCCUUCCCCACCAAUGCGCAGUGUCUCACUGGUCAAAGAUGAGCCAGUCCUCUUGCAAGAAGGUGGGUCAGCCAUACCCAAGGACCAGAGGCCCAGGAGCCUUUGUCUCUCCUUGGAACACCAAGGACGUCACUCAUCCCACCAGGAUGCUCAGGGUCACCCAGCUGUGCCAACCUUCAAAGAUCCAGAAGGCACACAAUUCUCCCACCACUGGUAUCUUACUGACUGGAAGUCUGGUGACACCUACCAAUCCUUGUCCAGCUCCAGCACUGCCACGGGCACCACAGUCAUUGAGUGCACGCAAGUUCGGGGCAGCUCAGAGUCUCUCGCCUCCCCUUCCACGUCCAGAGCCACGACACCUUCCCAGCUGUCCAUCGAGGUCGAGGCCAGGGAAGUACCCUCCCCAGGAAGGCCUACUGGGCUGAUGUCACCCUCCAGUGGAUACUCCAGCCAGUCAGAGACACCAACACCCACUGUCUCCAUGUCCUUGACCCUAGGCCACUUGCCCCCUCCAAGUGGCAGUGUCCGGGUGCGUCCAGUGGUACCUGAGAGGAAGUCAUCACUACCCCCGACAUCACCAAUGGAGAAAAUGUCCAAGUCACGGCUCUCGUUUGACCUACCAUUGACCUCAUCAACCAACCUGGAUCUGUCUGGGAUGAGUAUCUCCAUCAGAAGCAAAACCAAGGUGAGCCGGCAUCACUCAGAUACAAAUUUUGGGGCCAAGCUGGCCCAGAAAACGAGCCCCAACCAUCCAGUUAUGCCCAUGGUUACUCAGUCUGAUCUACGUUCUGUUCGCCUGAGGUCAGUCAGCAAGUCCGAGCCCGAAGAUGACAUAGAGAGCCCUGACUAUGCUGAGGAAGCAGGAGCAGAAGUCUUCACCUUGCCAGAGAGAAAGAUGAAACCUCCCAUAGCUGAGAAGCCCCCCGUGGCCCGAAGGCCUUCAAGCUUGGUCCACAAGCCACCAUCAGUCCCUGAGGAGUACCCGCUAACUUCCCCUACCUUGGCUAUGACCCCCAAGAGCUCCAUUCAACACAUGAGGCCACUCCCUCCAGACAUCUACACGGUGGUGCGGAAACCAAAGUCCUCCAGCCCUGAGGGCAGAAGCCCAGGGGAGUCAACAGCACCCUCAUCUCUUGUUUUCACACCUUUUGCUAGUUCCUCUGGUGCUUUCUUCUCAGGAACACAGCAACCUCCCCAGGGAAGUAUGGAGGAUGGAGGCCCCAAGGUGAAAGCCCUGCCUGAAAGAAUUAGCCUCCAGAGCCAGGAAGAAGCAGAGAAAAAGAAAGGCAAGAUCCCACCUCCUGUUCCAAAAAAGCCCAGCGUGCUGUACCUGCCUCUCACAUCACCCACAGCUCAAAUGGAGGUGUACGGGACAGAACCAAGGCUGUCACUCAGCCCCAUCAUCACCCUGCAGGAAGAAGCCAGGUGUCCCCCCACCAGUGACCACCUGCAGUCACCUGGUACAAGGACAACUUCAACACCGGAGGCUGAAGGUGAAAGGAAGGCAAGUCCUCUAGGGAGUUCUACGGAAGCAAGCACUGAAGAAAAAAGUGUAAUUAGUGAUAAAACAGCCGAAUGGAUUGCCGAAGAGGACGAUGACGUGUUUGUGGCUUCACGCACAACUGAAGAUUUGUUUACUGUGAUACACAGGUCCAAGAGAAAGCUGCUUGGUUGGAGAGAGCCUGGUGAGGUCUUUGCUGGUAGCAGCAGACCAAGCUCCCAUUCACCAAUAAAGAACACAGCUGAUUCUCCAAUCAGUGAGUCAGCUGCUUCUGCAGGGUCAAGUGGCAGUGCUAACCUAGAUGCUGGCAGAAACGAUGAUUUCAAGGCCUUGCUACAGAAGAAGGGAAGCAAGGCAACUCCAAGGUCCCGCCCUUCAGCAGCCGAACUGCUGAAGACCACUAACCCACUGGCUCGGAGAAUUAUUGCACAGUUUUCAAAGGACUAUGAAACCACCGAUGACCCCAGUACCUAAGUCCCAGGUUCAGCAAACAGGGUUUAGUUACCAAACUUGAGUAGAUGAAGCGGAAGAGAAAGGGUUUUAAAAAGGAAUCAUGGAGAUAACAGAAGAGCCUACAUUUCUUUUAUGUUAACUCACACUCUGGACAGCAGGAGAGAGGCCACUUUAUCUAGAACUAAAUCAUCAGGCACUUUAAUCAUCUUCAGACAUUUUACAUUUUCAUACUUACAAUCUUGCCAUUACCCAACUACCAGUUUUCUCCUUAUCUUCCCCCAGUGUUGUGCCCUGAGAAGAAAUUCUCAGAUGCCAGGGCACAUGUGCCACCUUUUCAAUCAAUGACCAGGCUGCUCCAUCCCUGACUCCUGUCACUGAGGGGUACAGUGUGAGAGCGGACUGGGGGCUGCCAAAACUGGAGGUCAUAGGGUGCCAUUGCUGAUUAUUCACUUUCCUGGUAAGGCCUAGAUGGCCCUGCCUAGAGAAAAGACUCUGGUGCCUCUCCAUCCACACUUAAACUCCCCCCACCAGAGAGGUUUGUGGGUGUGCCCUUAUUUCAGCACGGGGUUGACUGGAUGGCUUUUGUCAUGCAAACUAUGAAUGUGACUCUGUCUUGAAAUUCA